GUCGAAGUCUCGCGGACAUAAAGCAACGUUACGAGAAAAAAAUGAAGUCGACAGACGAACACCGGAACAUCGAACAGGCGUGAUUCACCGUUUCCGGCCUCUCUCCGACUUGCUGUCUUCUUUUUCAACUCUUUGGGCAUACCUUUUUACUCAUGGAGGGAGAAGAGAGCCUGCUUGAUUCAAUACUUGAUGCAGACAAUGUUGAAGACAUGGAAGAUGUUGAUAUGGUUGAUGUAGAAGAAGGAGAAUUGGUUGAGAACUAUCAACAAGCUGAGUUGGGACAAAACAGCAGCGGAGAUGGUGACACAGUAUCUCAAGAGCCUAAGAGUAAAAGUCAGAAACGUAGAAAUAAGAAAAAAAAUAAGAAAAAGAAAGUGGCUUCAGCCCCUGGCGUCUUGGACAUUAACAGAUUUGUUUUAGAUACUUGCAGGCGUUUGAAAGAAAGAAAGUCUUACCUGAUAUGGACUGCAGUUGGUUGUCUGGGUGUCCCUGCUGUUAGUGAUCUUGUGAAGGAGAUUUCUCUUCCAGAAGCCAUUUUAUCAGUUUCAGUGGAUGCGAUUCAGGCAUGUGGUGGUCAGAUGACUUCAGAUGGAGGGCGAUAUAGGAAUGGUGGUGGAAUUUUGUGGAACAUCCUUAGAAAACGUGAUCCAAAUGUAUAUAAGGAGAUAAUGAAAAAAGGGAGGGAGUUUGAGAAGCAAUUUAAACCACCGGAUUUGAGGAAAGCAGCAAACCAGAGCAAACAGGGUUGGUCUGAAGCUGAAGCUGAAGCAGAAGUAGAAGGUGUGAAAGAAGAGGUGGGGAGGAGAGAAGGGCAAAAUGGGGAAUUGGACAUUGAAGAGAGACAGGUGAAGAAACGACCUGUUCAUGAAAGGAUCCGUGUGCCUGUAUCCUAUGAUGACUUGCUUGAAGUUGAGGAUCCGAAAGAAGAGGCGAACUAAUAGCAAACAAGAAGGAUAUGGAGAGAGAAGUUUUAUGAUGGUUUUGUUUUAUAAAAUCUCUGUCUUUGAUUGGAUUGGUUCUUUUUUGUGGCGAAUGAAUGGAUGGAAGUUUUGAUGUGCAUUUGUGGGAUCGUUUUGUGGUUAUUCGUUUUGUUUCCCCGUGCAUAUACAUGAUGUUUUUGGUUCUUUGUUUUGAUGCAACACUCCACUAGUUGAAAUAUGAUCAUUUGAAGUC